CACUUGAACUAACCAAACGCUGACGGGGACCAUCGUUCAUCCCGUUAUACCAGUUAUUUGGAACAUCUGUCUUUUGCUUGUCGAAGUUGGUUAAAAUGGCGCAGCAGUUUGUGAAGGCUCAGAUCAAAGGCGACAAGGUGGUGGUGUUUCUCAAGCCCACGUGCUCGUACUGUGUCCUCGCUAAAGAUGUUUUGUCCAAAUACAAGUUCAAGCCGGGGCAUUUGGAGUGUAUUGAUAUAAGCGGGCGCAGCGACAUGGGCAGCAUGCAAGACUACUUCCUGGAGAUCACCGGGGCCCGCACGGUCCCACGGGUGUUCAUCGGUGAGAAGUGCAUCGGAGGCGGCAGUGAUGUGGCAGCACUGGAUAAGAACGGCCAACUUCAGGGAAUGCUGGAGCACAUUGGGGCCCUGCAGUGACCUGCUCCAGACCUCCAGAUGGGAUUCAGUAUGCCGGCGAUACCAGCGAUGUUAGCGGCAACUGACUACGCCACUGAAAUGCUGAUUUAGCCACAGACACGUCAAAAAGAGUCUUUUCAGCUGUAGAAAUGCUGGAUGUGCACAUGUUCACAAUCUUUAAAUUCAACAGGAUACAGAUGCAUCAUGAGCCAUCAUGAGUUUAAUGUGUGAUGCAGCCGUCAUACGGUACUUUCUCCCUGCUUAUUCAACCUGAAGUUUCAUUACUUCAUUAAUGUGGUUUCGAACAAUCUGCACAUGAGGCCGGUUUGUUUCCCCAACAAACAUCUGGAUAUCUCAUGGAUUAUUUAUACUCAUAAUGGAGCCAGCUUGUGUCACUGUUCAUCCCCAGUAACAGCCAGUAGAAAAUUAAUCUAUCACAGAGCCUCAUGCCAGAGGCCAGGCGGUCAUUUUAAAACCAUGUUGGGUUUUAAGGAUGGAUCAUUUUGUAUUGCCCAUGAUGAAAUAGUCCUUAUGCAAAGAGUCCUUAUUGCAGUUGCUCAUCUGCUUGACUUUUUUUGAUUUGUCUUUGAAUUAUGUCUUUUCCUUCUGCAACAAUAUCCCUCAGAGUGAAGCCUAAAUCCAGCAGGAUUCUCCUCAUAUUAACCACCAUCCUCUCAUCCUCUUUUUACUUAUUUUCUCUUUGGAUUUCCUCCUCUGUCCCACCCCCUUUCCACAGGGUUUUGGCGUCCAGAUGUGGUCACAUGAUUAUGCAGCGGGACUUGCGUAGUUUGCGCCGUCGCUGCUGGUACUCACUAAGCUCCUGCAGGUAGCCUCUGGACGGCCAGCGUAGCCUCUCCACCUGCUCACGCUCCUCCUCUGGAACACACAAACACAAAACUCUAAUCUACUGCACACCCAACAUCACGCUAUGCUAAUAAAAACAGUUACAGUGAGAUUUACUGUACUGGCACAUACUCACACAUACAUAAACAUUAGUAACUGCCUGGCUUGCUGCUAUCAAACAUGAGCAAAGAGGAUUAAAUAUCUAAGAAUUUGUUUCCACAAACAAGCGGAUGAAGAUCGGUUGUUUGCUGUUUCCUUCCUCUGAUCUUUGCUUUGCUAAUGCCCUUCAGUACCCGUCCAACAGUCUUCAAUAAGUCUUGUGUAUUUCUGUGUUGCUAAUGAUGACAAUAAAAUGUGCUUCUGCUA